AUGACACCAAGUGUGGAAGGUGACAAGAAGGGAAUUGAAGCAAAUGUUGUAUUUAUUGGUUUAGGUGAUUCUUUACGAGAUGAAAAAGCUUUAGAUAAAGAUUUCGGCGAAGGAAAUUUAUUUGGUGCAGGUGUUGUUUGGUGA